AUGGCGUUUGCGAGAGGGUUCCUACGUUUUGCCGGCGUGACCGGUCUGUCUGUGGCGUCAUUCGGCGCCGGAGUGUCUGUGUUUGGCCGUGCCUGGCCUGUCCUCAACGAAAAGGAUAAACAGCUCGCGAACGAGCGGUCUUUGCAGUCGCUCGAAUUUAUCAAGAGCUCCAAGUUGUACAAGCAAUUGGCAGCAGAUAAAUCGUUCGAGCUGCUUUCUGGCUCUCAGCUCAUUCCAGAGGCUCACAGACAGUACCAUGUGGGACAGGGUCUCUUGAACUCGCCCAACCACAUGACUACCGACCCGAUCAUCUUCCUCAACCGCGAUGAAGGAAAGAUGUACUGCAUAGCACAUCUUGGAGCCCAGACGGUGGGUUCGGAUCGGAAGAUCCACAACGGCAUUAUCUCUACGAUCAUCGACGAGGGCCUAUGUAUGUGUGGAUUCUCAAAACUGCCUUCCAAGAGAGGUGUCACGGCACAGCUCAAGCUCGACUUCUUCCAAAAAGCCCCUCCUGACUCCACCGUGGUUCUCAAGGCCCAGGUGCAGGAAUUUCGCGGCCGCAAAUGCAUUAUCACGGGCACAGUGGAAACUCUGGAACGGUCGCCGAUCAAAGUCGCUGACGGCUACUGUAUUUUGGUGGAGCCCGUGUGGUUCAAAUAUUUGAACUGGGUCCCUGUUUUUGCAUAA